UUUCUAGCAACGGUAGCUAGCCAGCUAGCAUCUAUUCUGUCGGGUGCAGACCAGCGCGGAAGGAGAGCUGUUGCCCGACUUCAAAUACAUGAUCCUUUGCUAAUCCUCCAGCCCUUUCCAGUCUCUUUGAGACGAAGAUAAUAAUUCGUGUUGCGGAAUUAGCGAGGCACGGACACGAAAACAACGUUGUAGAGAUAUACAUAAGAUUAACGCUGUCUGACGUUUUAACUGAAUCCAUCCUCGUCUCGGGUUCAUUGAGGAUGAGGUUGCCGACCAUCAGACGAUGUCCUGGGGAAGGAGAUGGCAAGAAGGAACUCGCUCCACCAUUUAGGAAUCCUUUUGUGCAUGACUUAAGAUUUACCCCUCUGGAAAAAGUAAAGAUAGCGUUGAUGACUGUAACCGUGUUUCCCAUUCGGCUGGUUCUGGCAGUGUUCAUGAUGCUUCUGGCCUGGCCCCUGGCCUUCAUUGCCUCGGUGGGACGCAACGAGAUGCAGGUGGAGCCGCAGUCCCUGUGGAGGAAGUUUGUUGAUGUGGCUCUGAAGACCAUCAUGAGGCUCAUGUGGUUUGCCGGAGGCUUCCACUGGAUGACGGUUAAGGGGCGCCAGGCGAUCCCGGCUGAGGCCCCGAUCCUGACCCUGGGGCCACACUCGUCCUACUUUGACGCCAUCCCCGUAACCAUGUCCAUGGCCUCCAUCGUCAUGAAGGCAGAGAGCAAGGACAUCCCGGUCUGGGGCACUCUCAUCAAGUACAUCCGCCCGGUGUUUGUUUCCCGGUCUGACCAGGACUCCCGGAAGAAGACUGUCGAGGAGAUUAAACGCAGAGCCCAGUCUGGAGGAGAGUGGCCUCAGAUAAUGAUUUUCCCAGAGGGAACAUGCACCAACCGGUCCUGUCUCAUCACAUUCAAACCAGGUGCCUUCAUUCCGGCGGUGCCAGUUCAGCCUGUGGUCAUAAAAUAUCCCAAUAAACUAGAUACCAUCACAUGGACAUGGCAGGGUCCUGGAGCGUUUAAAAUCUUGUGGCUAACACUGUGCCAGCUUCACAAUCAGUUUAUCAUUGAGUUCCUUCCAAUCUACACUCCAUCAGAGGAGGAGAAGCAAAACCCUGCUUUGUUUGCUCAGAACGUCAGGCGUCAGAUGGCCAAGGCCCUAGACAUCCCUGUUACUGACUACUCGUUUGAGGACUGCCAGUUGGCCAUGGCUGAGGGUCAGCUCAGACUCCCUGUUGACACCUGUCUGCUGGAGUUUGCCAAGCUGGUCCGAAGACUGGGGUUGAAGCCCCAGAAUGUGGAAAAGGUCCUGCAGGAGUAUGGCAACAGAGCCAGGAAGAUGGAAGGAGAGAGAAUGGGUCUCCAAGACUUCGCCCACUACCUGGAUGUCCCUGUCUCAGACAUGCUUCGAGACAUGUUCGCUCUUUUUGAUGAGCAUGAAGACAACACAAUGGACAUCAGAGAAUAUGUCAUUGCCUUAUCUGUUGUAUGCAGACCUGCUAAAACCCUGGAGACGAUGAAAUUGGCCUUCAAGAUGUUUGAAGCGGAGGAGGACGGGGCGAUCACAGAGGCGGAGCUUGUCUGUAUCCUAAAAACGGCACUUGGAGUGGAGGCCCUCAGUGUCUCGCGACUCUUCACUGCUAUCGACACGGAUGACAUGGGGAAAGUCACCUACGAGAAGUUCAGGAGCUUUGCGGAGCUGCAUCCAGACUUCAGUGAGGACUACCUGUCCACUGACAACACUGGCCUGAACGGCUGCAGGCACCGCCCCACCACCAAGCCCCAGACCAAUGGCUUCUGCCCCGACUUCAGCCUGCCAGAUGCCCACCACAGCUCAACGAGGAAAGGCUCAGUGAAGAAGCACAAUUAAGUUUGUUGGCUGUCCCAGAAUCCCUCUCUCCUGGUGAGAGAGUUGUGAGGCUUGGCGGAGGGAGAAGAGGGGUUGUGUGUGUGUGUGUGUGUGUGUGUGUGUGUGUGUGUGUGUGUGUGUGUGUGUGUGUGUGUGUGUGUGUACACUAGGCCGGGAUUGCAACCAACUUGCAGAAUGUAACUCGCUCCAGCAGGUUACCACUAGAUCUCUUAAAACGCAACUGACAGGAGAUUCCCUCCACCUAAAGGGGAAAAAAAACAAGCUUGACUGCAUAACCUGAUGGGUUGAUCUCUCCUUAUUACCGAAUCAAGUUCUUAUGAUCCCAGACAACUCCACUAGAUUCUCUACUCCCCUGCCCCAAUAUGGCCCUGUGAGAAGCAUUGCUUAAACCAUAAGGCUUUAUGAACGUUUUAAGUGAUUCAACAAAUCAUUUUCAUCAUGUAAUAAUGUUUCACAAUAUUUCAUACUUUUAUGUGAUUUUCACACUGAAUGGCAGCAUAAUGUAGGGUAAUCUCUUAGUAGUAAAAUGUCAUUACAUUCAAUAUUUAAUUAGGGUUAUAGGUAAUAUAUAUAAAUAAACACGGGUGGGUUUGAAUCCUGAAUGCUGAUUGGCUGAUAGCCGUGGUAUAUUAGACUCCAUACCACGGGUAUGACAUCACUUUUUACUGCCCUAUUUCUGUUGGAAACCAGCUCAUAAUCGCAUUAAGGCAUCUUGGGGGGGGGUGUAGUAUAUUGCCAAUAUACCUUGGCUAAGUGUUGUGUCCAGCCACUCCAUAAUGCAUCCCGCUCAUAGCUGUGGUGUAUUGGCCGUGUACCACACCCUUUAACGCCUUAUUGUUUACUUAUAAAUAAGGUAAUAUAACUAAAUCACCAUAGACUGCGUACUGCAACAUAUUAAUUAAUAUGCACUGUCCGCUGAUAUUUUACCCUGAAGUUAUAAGAAAUAACGAAAUCAGACAACUUUGUUUUAGAGACAACUAGUACUUCUGUUAGUUGGUAACAUAAAUAAUAGGACUAGCCUAGCCAACUCGAUGAACAUUAGGUGUCAAACCAGUAAUUAUAUCACUUGUAGGGAAUGACUAAGAAUGGAUAAAUCACUCUCAAUAUGCUCCUAAAUUAUUCAGAUCACAGCGUAAAUUACAGGGCAAAAUAGUUCAUAAAAUAUUAGCAGUAAUCAAGUAAAUGCACUGUUUGGUGUCUGUGUCUGUUGCGAACGAGAUCAGCUGCGCUGGUGUGUUCGCGUUUAACGAGAGACAGGGCGAUAUUCUAGCAGCCAUUUGUGGUCUUGUUGUUGCCUGAGAAGUUUACCCCUUAUGUAUGCAGUUAAUUUCGACUUGCUCAACCAUCAUUGUUUUGUUUUCCAUAUUUGAUUUGUUCUACAACAAAGAAACAAAGAACAUCUCAAUGCCAAACGAUGAAUUACUGCGGCUGAAGGGAAAAGUGUGAAUACUUGAAGGUAACGCACUCGUUUAGUUUCUUCCUUUUAGUUGUUUCGAGUUGACGGUACAUUAUUGGAAAAAAAGAGGACGACAACAAAUGUGAAGCUAGCUUUGUUUUUUAGUGAACUUUUUUUUAAACUUUUGGAUUUGUUUCUUGUCCUGUGUCAGCUGCCUUUGGGGUGAGUGUGUUUGCGAAGUGUGGGGACCUGCUCUGCGUGAGCGGUGAAGGGGGAGUCGGACUGACUUAAUGGCCUCGGCGCGCCGGUGAUAUUGUCUGACCUCACUUUAGCCUUGCCGGGUUAAGCAACAGGAAAAAUAUGAUGCGGUCUUGUCAGUGUAAUGACGAUAUGACAUUAUUUUAAAUCAAGAGUACUAAUUCCCGUGGGGCGUAGUGGUCAAUUUGCAGUGGACCAAUUAUUUUGGAGAAUUAUGUUAGCCCUUGCCACCACCAUCCCCACUUGCCCAAAUAGCCAAGUGGGCGGAAUCUAGUUGCCUGCCCCUGCUUCAAUGGGUCUGAUGAGGUGCGACAAUAACAGAUGGUGGACAGAAAACUCUGGUUGAAAUAAGCCUGUCAUUUUUUUAGCUCAGGGUUUAGUAAAACAGAAUUAGACACUUGCUGUAGUCAUGUUCCACGGCCGACACGCGUCAAGUUGGUCUCAUGUUACUCCCUAAUGCACAGUGUCUCUCUAGAGAAAGUCGAUUGCUGCGUCAGAAAGUUACUUCACAGUGUUUCCAGAUUUAUAUCGGAUGUGACCCUAUAAUUUAUUACAGUUGUCCACGUUUUUUGUUGUUGUUAUGAACUGUUAUGAUGUGGGGAAUUGUAGAUGGCCAUUAAUGUGGGUGGACCACAAGUUAGCCUGCAUUUUUUAAAACGUAAUCUGUGUGACGUGGAUUUUCUCUCAUUUCUGCUCAGACACACCAGUUCUGCGCGGGUCCACAACUUUUUGAGGUAUGAGUUGACAUAAUCAGAACUUUUUAAAGUAACAUUUCACUGGAAAGGUACUUAAAUGGCACCUAAUAGUUUUUUCGGCUCCGGUAAAGAAAAUUAAAUCAAAGUAGGCUCUGCGGUGUAUAGAGGAUAGGAUGCCAUUUUAAGAGGACCCCUUUCUUUUAAUUUGUUACUCCCCCUCACACAAAACCAUUCCUGCCAACUCUAUUUUUCAAGUGAGAUAAUGCAGAGCUAUUUUUUGAUGCCUAAAAAUUUAACUAAUAUACUGUUUAUGGACCAAAAACGAGUGUACGAUUAACCCAUGUUGGCAAUACUGCCCAGUUUCGUACCAGCAGGCUUUAAGGGAAAACUUUUUAUGUUUGUGUACCUUUUGUGGUGAAAGUUAGAAAAAAUGCAUUGUGUUUUUUAACAUAAAGUGGCCAAACUUAUAUAAACUCUAAAGAUGGUUAAUUUCCUCAUGCCUUACAUUUAAAUAAGUACUUUCUCAUUGUGAAUUGGUCCACUUUUACCCACAUAAGCUUCCACACCAUACUGUACAGGUCAUGAAAUCCUACUUUUUGGGGACUAAAUUAGACAGAUAUUUUUACUCUUCAGAAUUGUACUUUCCUUGGUUUUAAUUAUCUCAACCAUGUCGGGGUCCUCUGCCUUGUCAUGUGUUCCAAAAUGUUAUUUUUACAGGUUUUUUUUCCACAUACAGUCUCAGCAAACCAUAGGUUACCUUAUGCAGUUGAACAUGUAUUUGGAGAGUUAGCACCUUUUGAGUGCAGCUUCACUAGUUAAGGCCCAAAUGGAAUAGCUUCAGGAUUGAGUGUUAUUAGGUUGUAAGUUUACACCUCUUUCACUUAUCCGUGCAGAUUAUAAUUUUCUCUCCACCUCGAGUUGAGGGGUGUUGAAAUUGUUAGACAUUCGCAUCAUGAAGUUUAACAGCACCCGAGACCACGUGACGUUUGGUUUAUCUUGCUACUCCCGGCGCUAUGUCCGUAAUCUUUUCAUUUUGGAAUAGAAUUUCUCAAGAAUACAUUUAAUACAUAGACAGGUUUGUUUUGUCAUUGAUAGUCAUGCUCAGGUUUCUAGAAUGAUUCAACGCUUAAUGGCUAUUUAAUGGUGGGACAAUCUUGCUGGUAUGAAAUAUAUGCAGGCUUGAAAAACCAAGAAAGACGCUGUAAACUAACCGCGGUCCAAUACGUGUAUCCUCCGUUAUGUCUUGACCGGCGGAUUGAUUUUAGUGUGACCACGUUGCAUUCAACCGCCAUCGCGGACUGCUGUCGCUCUGUCUGACGAAAGACAAUCGGGUAAUAGAGUUAGACUUUAUUUUCUUUCUAAAGGUACAGUGAAGAUUUAGUGAAAAUGAGGAAAGUAGAGGUGUCUCACAUUCCUUUGGAAGUUCACUUAUUUGUAAUUCUGGUAACGUCUCCUAAGGCCCUGAUCAAAAGUAGGGCACUAAAAGGUUUGGGUGCCGUCUUGUCAACUAGAAUGUCAAAAUAGAUGUCAGUCAGACUAGUAUUGAUAGGUUUGCCAUUUAAAAGAGCUUUGAAUUCUAUGUACUGUUUUCCAUAAAUGUUUGUUCAAAAAAUAGUUUUCCCGAUCAACAUGGCUUUACAGUGAAGCAAUAUUUUACAUUGUCAACCGCGCCUGUAAACUUUGUCAAGAUAUCCUUUUGAAGACUUCAGAUGAUAUGUAUUUUGAAUAUUCCAAAUGCGGGUCAUUUUGUGAAUUUUUGGUAAUACAUGAAUUAUUUUUUAUUUCACUGCCUGCCAUGACAAAGAUCUGUGAUCUUCUAUCCUGUCUGAAUUGGGUUGAUGCUCAAUAUAACCUUGUUGUUAGUGUGAUUAAAUGGAUACUCCACGUGCUGUGUACUGAAAUCUAUUAAUAAUAUCCCUGUUAUUAUGAUUUUUCUUUUUGACUGCCUAAUGCAUAUUUUAAAAACCGAUAGCAUUGAAUCUAUCCACCUAUAAUUUUUCUGAUUUAUGAAAAGAGAAUGUGUCGACAAUCUGUCGCAGUCAAAUGCGACUCAGAACGCUGAUAUAUACUUUGAAUCAUCAGUUCAAACAAUAUUUUAUAUGUUGCUCCAAUUUUAAAUCUCUGACCACUGUCAAAGUUUACCGGCCGAAUUGAACAGAGUCGCAGCGAUGCUUGUUUGGCCUUGAAGGGCAGUUCUUCGGCCCUAUGAUAGGCCAACACACCGACUGUCCUACACUGUACAAACACAUUUUAACGUGACUUUUACCACAGGUCACCACUAGUAAUAUAUUUUUUUGCAAUUAAUACCUAUGCUGUUUAUGUAUUUCUGCUUGCACUAUAGAUUGUAUUCUGUCAUUUCCUUUUAUUUAUUUUGAUAUUUCUUAAGUCCUCCUGAUAAAUGUGACAAUGCUGUUGCUGCAGGUGUCAGGAGAGGUCACUGCCAGUCUAUUAACUGUUUCAUGUAUCACAUUGUUCAUGAAAUUGAUUACUUAAGAAUAGGGAUUUCAAGUUAUGGGUAGGUGGUCUAUCGCCACAAACUUUUGCUUUAAACAAAAUUGGUUAUGAAUAUGCCAUAGAUAUACUUACAAGACAUCUGUUUGCUAUGUUUAGCUUGGUUUUUCUAGUUCGGUUUUCUAGAACUGCAUCGCCUCAGGAUCUUUGAAGUACAGGUUACUGUUCAGUGGAUUAAUGGAGGGAAAGAGAGUUGUCAACAACAGAGAAAGUUUGUUUUGUUUAGUAGGUAGCUGUGUCCCCUGACUGAGUCCCCUGACUGAAACAUAAGUGAUGUUAAGUUUCAGUCAGGUCUCAUGCAUUUACUGUUGAUUCCUUGAAUCAUGAUGUAUUUUUAUUGCUUUAAAUACCUCACAACAUGAAUUAAUAAUUCUCUAUCUUUUUUUUUUUUGAAGUGGUUAUGAAAAUAAACCAUAAGAGCUGACAUUUAUGCUAUGACUACUACUGCUACUACUGCUGCCUGCUUAUACAGAGUUUCAAACUGACUGAACUUAAGACGAAAGGACAGUGUGCGUGUUGUAGGGUUGUCUGCCCUCUACACAUAUACCUACCUGUCUUUCUGAUGGUUCGGCAGUGUGCCACGUGAAUACUGGUAAAAUUGAUGUUCUUUCUCUGUACAUUUUACAAUUUUCUUCUCUCUGCCAGGGUUUUAUUUUUUAUGUAUUUUCGAGUCAUUUACCGCAAGAUCCUUGUAAAUGUCUGUUUGGGACUGCUAUGAUGAUAUAACUUGUCAAUGUGACUCUUUAAUAAUAAAAAAACAUUAUUUAA